AUGUCAUCAGAGGGAGAUAUUAAGCAGGAGAAACGUCCAAAGCCUUGUUGUGUGUGUAAGGUCGAGAAAGAAAGCCGAGAUGAGUGCCUAUUGUUCAACGGACUUGAAUCAACCAAGUGUAAGGAAUUGGUGGACAAGUAUAGGAGCUGUAUGAAGGGGUACGGUUUCGAAAUUUGA